UCUUUCUGUGCCAUAAAUUGUUUAUAAAAAAACUGGUGCGUCGUGUUCAUUGGAGUACUACUAGUUCGUUCGGACAUCAUAUCUGUUUCCUGCCUAGCCUAACCAAAAGUCCAAAACACAGCUCGCGCCUAGCGUGACCUGCACACAACUUACGCAGAUUCCAGUUUUUUUUUUUUGUUUCCGAGUCCAAGAGGGGGGAAAAACUAAAGAGAAAAAACAUAAGAAGCCGCAGACAGAAAAGAUCAACUCGCGCGCGGCCAUUUCUCAUCCAUCGCGCUGCGCAUUUGCAACUCCCAGUCCCACCUCCGGCGCGGCUGCCAGCCAGUAGUCAGUAGGCUUGAUCAUGUCGUCGCGGAAGCAUCACGAGCUGCCGGAGGGAGGAGCAGGAGGCAGCGGCGCCGGCCGCACGGCGGUGUGGGACACCGGGAGCUCCCUGUACGACUCGUACGAGCUGGCCGCCGUGCGCCGGCUCCUCGACAAGCGCCUCCUCGCCCUCCGCGACGACGCUGAAGAGACGAGGGGCAAGGAGGGCAGGCAACUGGUGGUCGUGCCGGUCGCCAGCAGCAGCAGGAGGGUCCACCACAGGAGGAAGGCCACGCUGAGGGCGCUCUUCAGGGCGGUGGUGGCCACCUGGGCGGCCCGGCCGAGGCAGGCGCCGCCGCUCGCCUGUGCCUGCGCUGCUGGCAUGGUCCGUGAUGACCACCAGGGUGGUUCCGCGGUCGAGCCGGAGGAUCUGCCGUCCCACGGUCAACUUUGAUGAUCAUCCAUCCCUGUGUUUAGGCCAUCUGUUCUUGCAUUGCAUUGGCGAAGUUGUUUUUUUUUUCUUUUGUGUUUAUCGAUUGCUGUGUUUUUUUACGCUGUCAUGUUCAUGCGAUGGUUGGUCAUUGAGCAACCAAAUUCUGCGUGAAGAGUAACUGAGCCCACCGGAUCUGUAUAUGUGAAUCUGCGUGAAGCAUACGAAAGCUUUUGGCGGUGAA